AUUUCAAGGAUAAUAAUGUGAUAGUUUAAUAAAAGUUUAACCGAUUUUUGUACUUAAAAACACUAAUUUCUAAUUAUUUUCUAAAUACGUUAGCGACAUUUCAUAUAUUUAUAAAAAAUUAAAUGAUUAUCUAAAUUUAUUUGUAAAUAAAAUCCGUACUAUAGAUAAUAUUAUCAAUAUUAGUCAAUGAAAGUAUUAAUUUAUUGAAGUGAAAUUAUAUUGUUGAAAUUCUUAAAAUAUUUAAAAAUGUUUUUUAUAUGUUUAACGGUCGGCCUAGUUUUUUUGGCUUCUAAGCUUCGUGAGAAUGUAAUUCACAGUGUCAAAAAUUUAUGUCAUAAUGUUAUUUCUCAUAAAUCCAACAUUAGUGAUGAUAAUAAUAAUAAUUAUCAAAUUAUUAAUAAACAAGCACUCAUUUCGUUAGAUAAAAUUAUUUUGGCUGAUUCUCCGGAAAAAUGUGAUUAUGCCAUUCAACAAAUUUACUGUGACUCAACUGAUAAUGUGUUGGGAUUCGAUUGCGAAUGGGUGAACGAAAGUUCUGUUUCUUUGCUUCAAUUAGCAACCAAUAAUGGACUUUGUGCUUUAUUCCGUCUUGGAAAAAUAGGAUAUGUUCCAUUGAAGCUCAAGGAGUUAUUGGCAAAUAAAUGCAUUAUAAAAGUAGGUGUAGGAUCAUUUGAAGAUGGGAAAAGAUUAACCAGUGAUUAUGGAUGUACUGUCGUAGGGACAAUUGAUUUAAGAUUAUUAGCGAAUCAUUUAGAAAUUUCUAGUCAUCAAAAUUUAUCUGCUCUUUGUCUUCAAUAUCUUGGAAUCGAAUUGAAUAAAACCUAUGAAGUAACAUGUAGCGACUGGAAUGCUAUUUCUCUGACUGAUGAACAGAUUGAAUAUGCAGCUUCAGAUGCUAUAGCUUCUGUUUUAAUUUUCUAUCAGAUGAAAAAAGUAGCAGAUAAAAAACGCUCAACAUGGAAAAAAAUUGUAAUAUUUAUUAAAAAAACAUGGGCGAAAGGAACAUAUUGUGACUUACCUGAAGGAAUAUUAGAUACAAGAUAUAGGAGUUCAUCUCAAAGUUCAAAUGGUAAAUUACAAUCUAACUCAAAUCAAUGCAGUGAAAUGAAAAAGCAGAAUGUAGAACUUUCUGAAAAAUUGAAUAUAUUCAAAAAACCUAGUAUUCCAACACGAAAGGAGCCUCUAUAUCAUAAUUGUUAUUUACAAGCACCAGAUGGUGAAACAUUAUGUACUUGUGAUCGUAAAAAAGCCGAAUGGUACAUCAAUAAAAAUUUAGGUACUAAAGUGAAUGAUGAUCCACUUACUGUGAAACUGAAUUUUGAACCAUCUGGUCGCGCUUUUGGUGAGGUUGGACGAUAUUACACUCAAGUAAAAGUCAAUCAAUGUGUUGUGUGUGGUGCCUCGGAUAAGUUUAUUAAGAAAAACGUUAUUCCCAGAGAGUACCGCAAAUACUUCCCAUUGGUUAUGAAAGCACAUCAAUCACAUGAUGUCCUUCUUCUUUGCCCAACUUGCCAUGAGAAAAGUAAUAAAAAUGAUUUAGAUAUGAGGAGAAAAUUAGCAGUUAUGUGUGAUGCACCAUUAUCAAAAGCAAUUUUACAAACACGAAAUGAUCAAUACAGAAAAAAAAAAGAAUUAAUAUCAGCAGUGAAGGCUCUAAAAUUUAGUUCUUCGAUUCCACCUCAACGCAAGAGAGAAUUAGAAAUUCGCAUUGCAGAAUACACAAGUCAAUCUAAAGCACCUUAUGAUUUAGCUGAAUUAGUACAAAAACGAAUUAAUAAUGAACCUGUUACAUCGACGUCUCACCGACAAAUGAGACCUCCACACGGGUUAAAGGUAGUUCAGUAUUUUACUAAUUCUGAAGGAGGACUUGUAACUUUAGAGAGAAUGUGGCGAGAACAUUUUUUGACUACAAUGCAACCACAAUAUCUACCAAAACUUUGGUCUGUUCGACAUAAUCAGGAGAGAUUAAUGAUUCGUCAAACACAAAAUAGAAUUGAACCGGAAGAUGCUAAAGUAGCUGGUCUUUCAAGAUGAUAAAAUUGAAAAAAAUUUAAUUUCAAAUUAACUUAUAAAUCAAAAUGAUAAUAUAAUAUAUAGAGAUAACUUAUAAGUAUAAA